UUUCUUAUCAUUUUCUUACUCGUCAUAUCCCUUUCUCAUUUCUUUCUUUCUCACUAUUUUCUCACACUCUCUAACUCCGUCUGUUAUCUUGUUCUAUUCUCCCAUCUUCGCUCAUUCUUUCCCACCUGCUUCUCCGUAUGGUUGCAAUUUUCGCAUAACGUCGACUUCUUUAGAAACGUUCGCAUUAUCGGAGAGUCGGUCAAAAAAACAGGGUCAAGUUUUUCGAAAAGGUUCUUCAACCAAGUGAGAGGAUCCAUCAAGACUGUGGUCAGUGGAAAUUUUUGCGGCGAAGAAUAAAGUAAACCCGUAGCUUAACUAGGACUAACCAUGAGUUGGCAUCUUAAAUCACUCAACGACGACAAAGAAAUGAUGCAGACUUCACUGAAUAGAAGCAGAAUGAAGAAUGCAAAAUUAUUUGAUGAAAUUUCUGAUUUAAACAAAGAAAUAUACAGAUACAAAAGACGUCUUGAAAGAGCAUACAGACCAAUUGAUGCUACUUAUGAGACAAAGCCAAGACGCCCUGUUUACGACAGUUACUCAACACUAAGAUGCCCUGAGAUAUAUUAUCAUGCUCCUUCUUUCGGUUUUUACGAUGAAGACUGGGAAAUAAAAAGAGCUCCAGCCCCUGCAGAUCCUGUUGUCCAGAAGUCGUACCGAACUAAAGACGGAGUUUUACACCAUAUUUAUACAGUAAAAUCUGCACUCAAGUAUUAAAAUACUAAAAGAAUAUAAACUAUUCUGUCCAGAACUUACGUUAGUAAACACUUUGAAAAUAUGAAGUAACUUAUAACAGUGA